UCGGCCGCCGCCACGCCUCGCGCCCCAUGCUGGUGCACACUUACUCGGCCAUGGAGCGCCCCGACGGGCUGGGCGCCGCGGCCGGCGGGGCCCGCCUGUCGUCGCUGCCGCAGGCGGCCUACGGGCCGGCGCCGCCGCUCUGCCACACUCCGGCCGCCGCCGCCGCCGCCGACUUCCAGCCGCCCUACUUCCCGCCGCCCUACCCGCAGCCGCCGCUGCCCUACGGCCAGGCGCCCGACGCCGCGGCCGCCGCCUUCCCGCACCUGGCCGGCGACCCGUACGGCGGCCUGGCGCCCCUGGCGCAGCCGCAGCCGCCGCAGGCCGCCUGGGCCGCGCCCCGCGCCGCCGCCCGCGCCCACGACGAGCCGCCCGGCCUGCUGGCGCCGCCCGCCCGCGCCCUGAGCCUCGACCCGCGCCGCGACUACGCCGCCGCCGUGCCCCGGCUGCUGCACGGCCUGGCCGACGGCGCGCACGGGCUCGCGGACGCGCCCCUCGGCCUCCCGGGGCUGGCCGCGCCGCCCGGCCUGGAGGACCUGCAGGCCAUGGAUGAGCCAGGAAUGAGCCUCCUGGACCAGUCCGUUAUCAAGAAAGUCCCCCUGCCCUCGAAAGCCAGCAGCCUCUCCGCCCUCUCACUGGCCAAGGACAGCCUGGUCGGUGGCAUCACGAACCCCAGUGAGGUCUUCUGCUCCGUGCCAGGCCGCCUCUCACUGCUCAGCUCGACAUCCAAGUACAAGGUGACCGUGGGGGAGGUCCAGCGGCGACUGUCGCCUCCUGAGUGCCUCAAUGCCUCCCUCCUGGGGGGCGUUCUUCGCAGGGCCAAGUCCAAGAAUGGGGGCCGAUGUCUAAGGGAACGGCUGGAGAAAAUUGGGCUCAACUUGCCUGCUGGCCGUCGCAAGGCUGCCAAUGUGACCCUGCUGACUUCACUGGUGGAGGGAGAGGCGGUGCACCUGGCCCGAGACUUCGGCUACGUGUGUGAGACAGAGUUCCCGGCCAAGGCAGCUGCUGAGUACCUGUGCCGACAGCACGCCGACCCCGGGGAACUACACAGCCGCAAGAGCAUGCUGCUGGCUGCCAAGCAGAUCUGUAAGGAGUUCGCAGACCUGAUGGCUCAGGACCGCUCGCCACUGGGCAACAGCCGCCCAGCACUCAUCCUGGAGCCUGGGGUGCAGAGUUGCCUGACACAUUUUAGCCUCAUCACCCAUGGCUUCGGCGGCCCUGCCAUCUGUGCUGCUCUCACAGCCUUCCAGAAUUACUUGCUGGAGUCACUCAAGGGGCUGGAUAAGAUGUUCCUAAGCAGUGCAAGCAGUGGGCAUGGUGAUACAAAGGCUUCAGAGAAGGAUGCCAAGCAUCGGAAGUAACUUUCUCCAGCUCCAAGCCCAAGGGGCACCCAAGGCCUAAAAUGAGGUCUGAGCCCCUGGGGCAGGCCUGAAAAGAUGAAAACGUGGGAUUGGAGUCAGGCUGUAAAAAAAAAAAAAGAGAAGAUUCAUCCAGGAACCCUAGAGUUAGGCUCUGGGUUGGAGUGAGGGGAGAGGUAUCCCUGUGGUGGUUUAUUAAGGGGACAGGGUCUGCCAUGCGUGAUUUCUGACCCUUGCCUUUGGAGAAGGGCGUGGGCAGGGAACUGGCUCUUGGUGCACAAUCCUGCCCACUGAGGGGCCCGAGCAGCAGCCAGCAUUCUUAAGGCCAAGGUUCUGAUGUCUUCACUGUCAGGUGAAAAAUGGUUAACUAGUCCGAGGUGUUGCUGAAGGAUUAGUACCUUCAUUCCAGAAUCUUCUGGUCCCAGAAAAGGAAUACUGGCAGGAGGACCCAGUGGGCUCUUUGGACCCUCCCAAUAUUGGAAAGAAAUGAGUAGGAGAGGCCCUCACGGAACAAAGAAGAUAAAAGCACAAAUUGCAGAACUUGAAUCCAGGCUGUACUUCAGUCUUGUUGUCUGUCCUAUUUAUUUAUGUAUGUUGUAAUUAAAGUUUAAAAAUGUCCAGUGCAAUUUACUUAUCCCAGUGAGUUCUGGGAUCAACAAGGAAGAGACUUUCACUGUUUUCUGUUCAUGCACUGAGAUGUCCCGCUGACCAGGAUAGA